AUGUUCAUUCCGCAUGCUCAGCGGCCCAGUACCACGAUGAGUUCGAGGAUACCCAUUGGCUACCGUGGUACCCUGACGAAUUCAUCUUCUGAGCAAGGCAGCAGUGACGGACAGUUCUGCACGAGCUAUCUCUGGGCGCACGACUCCCCAGACUCGGCCUGCGAUGAGUGCAUCCUGCGCGUUGCCCAGCGCCAGGUGAACUCGCCAUUCGGGGUGGACGAGGGCGUGCAAGAGAAUUACGCUUCUUUGACCAGCGAGUGCCAGGCCUCGGGCCAUCCGACCAGCACUGCGACUUCACUGGUGAUCAGCAGUCCGAUUGCGACCCCGAGAACCUGCAGUGGGACCCUAUAUACCAUUCAGCCAAACGACGACUUCUUUUCCAUCCCACGAUCUCAGUCAGUGUCAACCGAGAACCUCCUGCACUCGAAUGGGCUCGGGUACGUCCAGGAUGAAUUCCCAACCACUGCCACAUUAUGCAUUGAGAAUCAAUGCACGUUGCAUCUCCUGGCGGCGGAUGAUACGUGCGCUUCAAUAGAGGCGUCGGCUGGCAUAUCGCAGGUUUAG